GGCUCCGGGAGCAGCUGGAGCGCGCUCGGGUGCGCAGCGCCCCAGCCCGGGGAGGAGCGGGAGCCGGGCGGGAGGAGGACCGGGGUGCUGGUUACGUAAAUGAUCCUAGCCCAGUGACAGGCCUCCGGGCUGGGGCUGCGGGAGGGGGAGGGCCCGGCAGAGGGGGCGGGGGCCAAGUGACCAGGCGGUGGCGGCUCUGCCGAGGUGACAAUGUGCUAGGAGCCCCGCUCCGUGUCUCCUGCGCCUCCUUGGCCUGGGCGCCUCCUGGCAGCGCUCUCGGAGCCUCGCGGCCGCUUGCCGCGCUAUGAGGGAGCAUCUCCGGGGCUGGCCGAGGCCCGGGCCGCCUCGCUCUGCUCGCCGAGAAGUGUGAAGAGAGGCGCGGGCGGGAGCCGGGGCUGCGCGCGGCGGCGGCUCCAGGUGAGCGCGGCUCUCGGCGCAGCCGGCCACUGGUCGGGCUGGAUCCAGGCAGCAUCCCGUGCGCGGACCGCCGAGCUCUCUCCGCGGGAUCGACAGCCACCGUAGCAGUGGGAUGCAUCUUGCUUUUGUCCUGGAGAUCACCUCUGUGGCUUGGAUAUAUCUCAGGAACACCCGUCUUCAGUCUCCGUAUUGAUUAGUAAUCAAGCAUGAGGAGAUUUGUCUACUGCAAGGUGGUUCUGGCCACUUCUCUGAUGUGGGUGCUUGUUGAUGUCUUCUUACUCCUGUACUUCAGCGAGUGUAACAAGUGUGAUGACAAGAAGGAGAGAUCCCUGCUGCCUGCGCUGAGGGCUGUUAUUUCAAGAAACCAAGAAGGUCCAGGAGAAAUGGGAAAGGCUGUGCUUAUUCCAAAAGAUGACCAAGAGAAAAUGAAAGAGUUGUUUAAAAUCAAUCAGUUUAACCUCAUGGCCAGUGACUUGAUCGCACUUAACCGAAGUCUGCCGGAUGUGAGAUUAGAAGGAUGCAAGACUAAAGUCUACCCUGAUGAACUUCCAAACACAAGUGUAGUCAUUGUGUUCCAUAAUGAAGCUUGGAGCACUCUACUUAGAACUGUCUAUAGUGUCAUAAAUCGCUCCCCACACUACCUGCUCUCUGAGGUCAUCUUGGUUGAUGAUGCCAGUGAAAGAGAUUUUCUCAAGUUGACAUUAGAGAACUACGUGAAAACUUUAGAAGUGCCAGUGAAGAUUAUCAGGAUGGAAGAGCGCUCUGGGUUAAUACGCGCCCGUCUCCGAGGAGCAGCAGCUUCAAAAGGACAGGUCAUAACUUUUCUGGAUGCACACUGCGAGUGCACCUUAGGAUGGCUGGAGCCCUUGCUGGCGAGAAUAAAGGAAGACAGGAAAACAGUUGUGUGCCCGAUCAUUGAUGUUAUUAGUGAUGAUACGUUUGAGUACAUGGCUGGGUCAGACAUGACUUAUGGUGGUUUCAACUGGAAGCUAAAUUUCCGAUGGUAUCCUGUCCCUCAAAGAGAAAUGGAUAGGAGAAAAGGAGACAGGACAUUACCUGUCAGGACCCCUACUAUGGCUGGUGGCCUAUUUUCUAUUGACAGAAACUACUUUGAAGAGAUAGGAACUUACGAUGCAGGAAUGGAUAUCUGGGGUGGAGAGAAUCUUGAAAUGUCUUUUAGGAUCUGGCAAUGUGGAGGUUCUUUGGAGAUUGUGACUUGCUCUCAUGUCGGUCAUGUUUUUCGAAAGGCAACUCCAUACACAUUCCCUGGUGGCACUGGCCAUGUCAUUAACAAGAACAACAGAAGACUGGCAGAAGUGUGGAUGGAUGAAUUCAAAGAUUUCUUCUAUAUCAUAUCCCCAGGUGUUGUCAAAGUGGAUUAUGGAGAUGUGUCAGUCAGAAAAACACUGAGGGAAAAUCUGAAGUGUAAGCCUUUUUCUUGGUACCUGGAAAACAUCUAUCCGGACUCCCAGAUCCCAAGACGUUAUUACUCACUUGGUGAGAUACGAAAUGUUGAGACCAAUCAAUGCUUAGAUAACAUGGGCCGCAAAGAAAAUGAAAAAGUGGGUAUCUUCAACUGUCACGGCAUGGGAGGUAACCAGGUGUUUUCUUAUACUGCUGACAAAGAAAUCCGAACUGACGACUUGUGCCUGGAUGUAUCCAGACUCAGUGGCCCUGUAAUCAUGCUAAAAUGCCACCACAUGAGAGGAAAUCAGCUGUGGGAAUAUGACGCUGAGAGACUCACUUUGAGACAUGCUAACAGUAACCAAUGUCUUGAUGAACCUUCUGAAGAAGACAAAAUGGUGCCUACCAUGCAGGACUGCAGUGGCAGCAGAUCCCAACAAUGGCUGCUGAGGAACAUGACCUUGGGGACAUGAAGAUAUUUUUUUUCCCAAGAUGUGAAAGUCUCUACAUGUUUGUUUGUCCAUUAUUUUAGUUUGGUGAAAGUAUUAACUUUUCUGAAUUAAAAGUUUAAAAAAUACUUUUAGUAAUAUAAAACACAAUUGUUUAUAAUUCAUUUUUAGGAAUGUUUAUUUCCCUACUAAAAUUUGUAUCUGAUUAAAGAAGCACAUAAAAUAUAAAUAAUAAGAAACUGUUAUUAAACAUUUGAACUGUUUGGGAAAAACACACCUUGUAUUUACUUUUAAAAUGUCUUCAAUAACCUCUUGUCACAGGGUUAUUUGGAAUUGGUUUAUUUUGUGUUGUAAUAAUAAUUAAAAGAGAGAUCAUGUAAAGCCUUAUACAAUAUCAUAAUUAUAAAAUAUUAAUGUAGCUUUAUAAAACACUCUUUUUUACAAAAGCUUCAUGGGACCCUGGUUGAAUUUCUAUGCCAACAAUUAGAAUCCAUAUGAAAUCAUUCCUGAACAUUGAAUUCAUCAAACAAAAUAUAAGGUAGUAGGAAAAUAAUUAAGCUAGUUAUUGAAUUUGUAAAAUAAAAAUCAUCAUACAAAAUAAAGAAAAGAAUUUUUAAAACCUAUUUAUAAUAAUAAAUUUAAAUCAAAUGAUGUAAGGAGUACAUGAGGUAUUGAGGAAAACAAGAGCUAUAUAAACUACAAGAGUUGCUGUGAAAGAAUCUUCAUUCUGAACACAAGCUGAAGACGGUCUUGCUCUGAGGUGUGAUAUCAGGACCUGAAUCCCCAGUUUCUCCCUGUCUCCAUACAGAGAGUUUUUGUCCAUCAGCUGUAUCUUUGCCCUUCACUCCAGAGGGUGAGAUUUGUCACAGCCUACAGAACUGUAGGUGAAGAGUGACCUUUUAGAUUUAAUUUCUAAAGUACUAUCCCUUUUAGUUCAGUCAGUGCGGUCAUUGGCACUUUGCAUUCUAUAAAAAGAAUGGCACUCAAAAUCUAUUGCUAUGCUAUAAAAUCCAACAUUGGUCACUGGAAAAAUUGGAGUUAUUAAAAAUUAUAUUAAUUAAACUACUAGACAUGAUUUUGCAUAAACUAUGGCUGUCAUAAUUAGGACAAUUUCGUGUGUCAUUUCCACAUAAAACCCCUUUGUUCACAGUGCAUGGACUAAUUAUAUGAAAAAGGAAAACCUACCAAUUCAUGGGACAGUAAUAAUUGUUAUAUGUUUGCUACCAUUUUAGGUGGCCACAUAGUUGUUGUACAUGUAUGUUUUGGUUGUAUAUCUAGCAGCUGGAGGAACUCUAUGGGGGUGAAGCUAGAAGAUUCUUCAGGAACAGAAAGUCCAUACUUUUGACCUUUUAUUUUAAAGGAUCUUCUAUAAAAAGAGUUAAUGAGCUUGCUACACUUGCUUUCUUUCUCUCUCCUCUCUCUCCAUUUUUCACUGAUUCUCUCCUCUGUCUAUUGUCACUGUCUUUCUCUGUUUCUAUUACUGUCUCUCUUUUACACAAACACAAACACACACAUGCAUAUGUGUACACACAUACACAUAUACUCACACACACACACACACAAACACACACACACACACCUGAGUUGGGCUAUUAUAUUUUUCAUACUGCACAAGUCUACCCAUUUCAGUGGUCUUUCUCAUCAGAACAAAUGCAUGUUUCACCUUCUGGACGCUCAAGUCAAAACUAUGAAACUGGGAUAAGGGCUUGCUCACUCAGUAGGUGUUUGCCCCUCAACCAAGAGGAACUGAUGCUGAUUCCAAGCUAAAUAACCACUAGAUGUGGGAGGAUGUACUUGUAACUCUAAUACUGGGGAGGUAAAAAAAAAGAGAAUUUCUUGAAUUUCCUCACCAGCCAGGUUGUCCUCAUGGACAAGCUCCCAAUCAAAUGAGAGACUUUGUCCCCAAAAUCAAGUGAUAAUGUCUUUCAAACUUUUCAAGCCUGUUCUAACUGUAGCUUACAGACUUCAUGAAACUGCCUGAUGUCAAAGUUAACUAGGAUCUUGGUCCAACACAAAAUUUAAACUUGUUUUAAAUUUUCAUUUUGGAUAUUCACACUGUUUUGAUACCAAGUGUUUAUUUUUGUAGAUAACAACAUUAUUGCAAUGUAAAACUUUGGACAAAUUGAGUCUAACCAUCUUAAAAGUAACUUGAUGCUAUCUUUGACAUAUAACAGCAAACCAACAAUUUGGGGCCACAACCAUUGUGGGUUGCUCCUUCUGACUAAAUCAUAAGAAAUAUGCAUAUAUUAUAAUUCUCUAUUCAUGCCAAGUCUUACCCAAUGCUACACUUGUUUACUUAAUACAAGAGUCACAUAGAUACUAUUAUGUAUGAAUUUGUGUAUUUUCCUGAACAUAAUCUUCCCAUUAAUCCUCAAAUCAUUUCAUAGCCAUUGUGUCUCUAUACCCAGAACAAAACACUCAACAAACAUAUACACAUACCUUGGACAGAUGGAGAGGGAGAGAGAGAGAGAGAGAGAGAAAGAGAGAGAGAGAGAGAGAGAGAGAGAGAGAGAGAGAGAGAGAGAGACCUCUGCCUUUUUUUUAUCUCUUACUGUCUUGCAUUUCAUUACAUUGUUCUGGCUGCCAAACAAGUCUGUUUUACUGUUGGUUCUAUCAGUCCCAAGAUAUCAUUCACUUAUUUCUUUAGGUCUCUAUACAAACAUGACCUCUUCAGUACAACAAAUGCUUGUCCUGCCUGUAGUCUCUCAUUCCUAUCUCUCUGAGCAAAUCUAAGAUUAUUCUUUUGCUUAUUUCAAUUUCUUCCAGUCUCAUACACCAACACACACUUGGCCAUAUAAUCACAUUUAUUUAUGUUUUUUUUUUUUUUUUUUCUGUUUCAGAGCCAGGGCCACAUCUUUGUUAAGUAAGCACACGGCCACUGAUCCACUAAUCCUUUUAAAGGCAGAGUCUACAUUAUUUUUGUCCACUGGCUGUGCUCACCUUCUCAUGCUAUCUCUUUGCUUAUUGUAACUACACUUCUUGAACUAAUAAACUUAAGAAUCUGUUAAAGUUGUUAAGCAACACAGUAUCACAUGUUUCCAUGUUAAAAAUGUAAAGUGUCCAGUAGUGACUUUAUAGAGACUUUCAGAGCUUUGUUUCCAAAUAUUAAAUUUCCUUCUAAUAUUAUUGAUAUUAAAGUACAAAUUCUAUGUUGUCCUUUGUGUUAAAAUCACCAGCUUUGUGGAAAUGAAAUAUGGCAUUUAUUAAAAUACUGUUAUAAGAUAUAAGUUGCUUCACAACUAAAAAUAAACAUAGUUUCAGUGUUUUGGUUGUAUUAGAUUGACCACAGAAGGGCUAAGAUUUUGAGUUUUAGAAAGAAGAUAAGUACAUUCUUUAAAAUCACAUUUAUUUUCAUGGUUUGAUAAUGACUAUACAAAGCUUAUUUUCAAUGUAAAAAUCUAUUAACAAAAAAUAUUAUAGAAACCUUAAAACAUUAAAGAUGUUAUAUUAUUAAUUUCUAUGUUUAUAGAUAAUAAAACUGAGCUAUGAACAUAUACUAUAGUUUUCUCAUAGAUCAUAGAGUUAUAAAACUAUGUGCCCAGGACUCAUAAUACUACUGCCAAAAUGUUAUAAGGUCACAAUAAUGAAAGAAAUGCCUUUAUUAAAAACUCUCUUAUUAUUAACUUGAUUCUUUAGAAUUGUUUAAGUUAUUGUUUUUUCAUACUUUAAUUAAACUUGUUCAAUAAACUAAGACCACAGGUAAUAGAAGAAAACCUGCAGCAGAACAAUAGAAUACCGUACAUCAGUGGCAAGUAGUUUGAGGAAAGCACCAUCAAGCCUUCAGCAGUAAUUUAUUGAACUCUGGUUUUUUGUUUGUUUGCUUUGAUUUGAUUUCAUAUUUUCUUGCAAUUCCCUUCAAGUUUCAAGUAAAGCUGACCUACAGCUUGCACGGAGUAUUAGACCAUCUGUCCCUAUGAACACUGGGUGAGUUCUUUGUUUGAAGCUUUGUGGACUUCAGAGAAACCAGCAAAUAUCUCUAGGCUUCCCAGUGUCACUUUACUAUAAACAUAACAUGUAAAUUUCAUUUUUCUCUAGUGCUUAGAAACAGCAUAAUAAAUUUUAAAAAAUUAAAGGAGAGGAAUGUAAACUGCUACAAUAAAAUAACAUAACUGGUUUUCAAUGUUUUUUUUUUAAUUUAGUGGGAGGUUAUAAAUACAGUAGAAUUGCUUCAGCAAACUUCAGAACAUUGCCUUGCUCCAACAUAGAUUGCUACUCCAUUUAAGAAGUGAUCAAGCAUAAUCAUUGCCAUUGCGUUUGCAUUUUAUCUGUUGAUUCAAACUGUAGUUUCAAGGGGACAAAAUACAAUGCAUUCUUAAAUUCUUAAAUUCUAUAAUGAUUUGAGGAAAUAUGAAAAAAAAUUAAAGACUUCACCAAAUGUGAAUCAUUGUCUGAGAGGUGUUAUUUUGUACAACUAAGAUCCCCCUGUCUUGACUAAAAGCUCAGUAUAGCUGGGCAGCAGAAAUUCAACUGUGCAAAGGCAACUUGUGUUUCAGGAAUUAGCUAUUUCCCACCGUUAUGUCAGAUAUCGAGUGGAAACACUCAGCUCUUCUGUAUAGCAUAGGAAUAUCAGGUUUUACUGCACCUAUUCAGAGUGUUAUCAAGUAUGACAUACUAUAUAAAGCUAAAGGUGUUGGGUAAGCUCUAAAAAUUUGCUUAAACCUCGUUGGUAUAGAUUUGUUCCCCCUAAUUUUUGUCUUAAGGUGUUUAAUACAUUCUAAAGCAAAUUUCCAUUGACUCUGCAUUCAAAAAUCCCCAUGAGAAAGUAGUGAUGCAAUACAGUCUUUUGUCAAUAAAUGUGUUUAAGAUGAAGACCACUUCUGUGAUAAUUGGCUCAUUAUGUACAGUAAUGCUUUACUGCUAUUGCUAAUAGGGUACAAUGAAUCAUUCUCCCAUGUUGGGUGACUUAGAUUAAAAAAUAGAGAAAGCUCCAUCUGAAAUGUAACUGUUUCAAAACUGAAAUUUUCAUUUUGUGUUCAGUUGGUGAGGUUAAAUACUUAAAGACACGGCCUUUGGUUCCUGGUGUACUUACAGACAAAAAUAGCUCAAGAGAGAAACAAGAAUCCAUUGUCACACGACUUUCUUUGAGUGGUGUAGGGACCAUCUCUUUUUAAAAUCACUGUAGUCACGGAUAGAGAACAUAAUCUCAAAAAUGUUUAGACAUGCUCAAUGCAAUCUUUAACAUUUAUAAGAGUAGCUUGUGCAUAAAAAUUUAAACAUUUUAAAUGUUGUAAGCAUUACUAAAUGGUAUAAUUGUUCUUUUCUGUAAAUUUAAAUAUUUAUACACUUUUGUAGAAUUAAAGUAUGCCAAUUUAGUUUUCCUUUGGUAUAUGUUGUCUUUUUUCAAAAUAAAUUUUGCUAGUAUUUCAAACAGA